AUGCACUAUUUUCUACCCCUUCCACCCAAUAAUGAUCUACCAGACACACCGUUCGGCAUAUCAAACGACUCAACCCUAUUUUGUCCGCAAGAUUUGCGCAACGAAUCGGACUUUGACUACCUUCACAACUUUGAUCCGACCUUGUUUAAUUUUUCCCGAUGCAAUUUCAGCGACUCUGAUCAUCCUAUUUGGUACCGCCGGCCCGACUGGGAUGUGGCCGUUAAAACGCUGGCAAUCCUACCCGUAAUGAUUGUAGGAGUGUUUGGCAAUCUGGCCGUUAUAGCGCUUAUUGUGAAACUUUAUACCCUGCGCAAAUCUAUAAUUAACUUGUUUAUUUUGAAUAUGGCCAUCGCCGACUUAUUGACCACGGUGUAUAUCGCUAUUUGUUACCCACAGCGGUGUCACCUGAACCGUAAACAGUCCUACAUAAUUACCACGGCCAUCUGGGCCAUUGCUAUCACCCUGGCCAGUCCGCUCGCCUAUUGGCGUGUAUACAAAGAGAGACAGUGGCUGGAUGUGAACGAGAAAUGGUGUCCAGAAGAUCACACCAAUGUGUCCAAGUAUUACUGGCUGUUCUUAAUGCUGCCACUGGUGUACAUCCCACUAAUCGUGGUCACAAUUAUAUAUACAGUGAUCAUACGUAGACUGGACAGGUUGGCCCGAGCCCUGGCCGACCGGGCCAGCGAUGUGCCCACAAAACUCAGGCACCGGCAGAUUUUGAUGAAAAUGUUGCUAACCUACAUUAUUACCACGAUUAUUUGCUGGUUUCCCCUACAAGUGCUGGUCUAUUAUCGCAGGUUUCAUAUUGAAUCUGAUCUAUUACCGAGGUGGUACGAUGACUGCACGUUUUUGGCACAGAUAUUUGCAUCGGCCAACUCAGCCAUCAAUCCUGUCGUGACAUUUCGCAAAAGUUUUGCCCAUUUAUUGCCCAAACUAUUUGCAAACACAUCGCACGGCCAUCGGGUGGGCCCGCAGGGGGUCAUACGGCGACAGUUGGACAUACCUGUGAUCGCCUGGGAUGGGGGAGGGGGUGGCUAUAGGGGGCUGGAGAUCAAGGGCUGGGACGGGUCGCCGGACAUUACCCCCAAAGGGCUAAAAAGUGAUCCGUUUCCACCAAGGACCAACACUGACUUACUCCGUGUGUAUAGCAACCAAAUCUGUCCAUACGCCGAAAGAGCCCUGCUGGUUUUAGUUGCCAAAGACAUCGAGCACGAGAUAAUCAAUGUUAACCUACGGGACAAGGUGGAAUGGUGGGUAGAGAGAAACCCGCUUGGUAAAGUGCCCACCAUAGAGUUCGGCGCCGACAACAAGGUGUUAUACGAGUCGCUAAUUGUGGCCGAAUAUCUCGACGAAGUCUAUACGGAGGGCCGACCCCUUCAGCCCCGGGACGCCUACCAGAGGGCCAGCGAUAAGGUGUUUAUCGAGACGUUUGGCGCCAGUUAUAGCUUUAACUAUAAGUAUAUCUAUUCGACCGACGAUUUGACUACCGUUUGGUCGGAGAUCGCCGACGGACUUAAGAAAGUGGACACUUUGUUGGCUAAGCGGAGGGCAAACAAUCGUUAUCUCUCAGGUGAAUCACUGCCCGGUCUGGUAGAUUACGCCAUCUGGCCGUUCAUUGAACGCCUGCCGCAGAUCAUAGACCUCGCGGGCCAUAACGCGGCCGACUAUUUGCCCAAAGAGUUGCCAACAGUUCACGACUAUAGGCAACAAUUGUUGGCCGAUUCGACCGUUCAGAAAGUGAGCCUUCCGUACGAAACACUAUUGGCCUUCACUCGAGAGUAUCGCAAGAUUUUGAUUAAGAAAUAAAUUUUUGUAUUUUAUUAUUGCAAUUAAAUAGUUAUUUUAAGCAAAUUUAUUAA